GCCCCGCCGCGGGAGGCAGCGCCGCCGGCCCUUGGACCCGGGCGCCGCGCCGAGCCGGGGCGAGCUAUGGCGGCGCCGGGGCAGAACCUGGCCGUGGUGGUGCACCGAGCCGGGGACCUGCGCCUGGAGAAUCGUCCGAUCCCCGAGCCAGGGCCCAAUGAGGUGCUGCUGCGGAUGCACUCGGUGGGGAUCUGCGGGUCCGACGUGCACUACUGGCAGCACGGCCGCAUCGGGAGCUUCGUGGUGAGGAGCCCCAUGGUGCUGGGCCACGAGGCGGCGGGCACUGUCCUCAGGGUUGGCCCGGGGGUGACUCAUCUGAAACCAGGUGACCGUGUGGCCAUCGAGCCUGGGGUGCCACGGGAGAUGGACGAGUUCUGCAAGAGCGGCCGCUACAACCUGUCCCCGAGCAUCUUCUUCUGUGCCACCCCCCCCGACGAUGGCAACCUCUGCCACUACUACAAGCACAAUGCCAGCUACUGCUACAAGCUUCCAGACAAUGUCACCUUUGAAGAAGGAGCCCUGAUUGAGCCCCUCUCAGUGGGCAUCCACGCCUGCAGGAGGGCAGGAGUCACCCUGGGGAGCAAAGUCUUCGUGUCUGGCUCUGGACCCAUUGGCCUUGUCACUGUGCUGGUUGCUAAGAUGAUGGGGGCAGCCACCGUGGUGGUCACAGAUCUGUCUGCCCCUCGACUGCAGAAGGCCAAGGAGGUGGGGGCAGACAUCACCAUCCAGGUGACGAAGGAGAGCUCGCAGGAGGUGGCAUCCAGAGUAGAAGCCCUGCUUGGCUGCAAGCCUGAGAUCACAGUGGAGUGCACAGGGGUAGAGGCCUGUAUCCAGGCUGGCAUUUACGCCACUCGCUCAGGUGGGACCUUGGUGCUGGUGGGGCUGGGCGCUGAGCUGGUGACAGUGCCCAUGGUGAACGCGGCCGCGCGCGAGGUGGACAUCCGCGGCAUCUUCCGCUACUGCAACACGUGGCCUAUGGCCAUUGCCCUGCUGGCGUCCAAGCGCAUCGACGUCAGGCCCCUGGUCACGCACCGCUUCCCCCUGGAGAGGGCUCUGGAGGCCUUCGAGACCACCAGGAGGGGCGAGGGGGUCAAGGUCAUGCUGAAGUGUGACCCCACCGACCAGAACCCCUGAAGUGCCCACUCUGCCUGGCUUUUGCCCCCCGUGACUCCACCUGCCUGAGAUGGGAAGCGUGAGGCCUUGGCAGGCCGAGGUGCAGCUGCUGCCUGUGCCCACAGGCACCUCAGGCAGGUGCUGCCCUCUAAUAGAGCGUGGAAAUUGGUGGCUAAUUGGGGUGGGAGAACCAAUGGUUGAGAUCAAAGUGCUGCAGUUUGUGGAGAUGGUGCUGGUUAGAUGAUGGUUCACACAGCUGGCUCCCCCCAGCAGGCUCCAGGCACAGAAGAACCUGGCUUCUAUUGGGCACAGACACCUGUGUGCCCACCAGCCUUGGCCACCUCAUGGUGGAUGUGCUGCAGGGGUGAAGGGAGGGUGGAGAUGCUGGCACUCCACCUUCCUGCCCCAGCACUGCCCUGGAGCUGUGCUUGCUUCACUUCUUCCCACCUGGCAAUGCCUGGGCACGGGGUAGCCCUGCAUGAGUACCCUACCUUCCAGCUGAGCCUUCCCUGGGUGCCAGGAACUCAGGAACGUGGAAAGCCUGUGGAACACAGCCUGUGGAACACAGCCUGUGGAACAAAGCCUGUGGAACACGGCCUGGCCAGCACACCUCUGCACUUUGGGGUCAUUCCCUGCAUGGUCUCAGCAGGUAGCAAACUCCAGCUCCACAGCCCAGAGCCUGGGCUGCUUGGGGCCCAGCUGGGACCAUCCCUGCUCUGUCACUUCCAGCAGCUCCACUGCAGAGCAGGGUGCUGUGUGUCUGCGGGGAAACUGAGCCCACAGGGCCUCUGUCCUUCUGUGCUUCCCAAGCUGGAGCUGUUCUUGGGGGCCACAGUUUCUGUGUGUGUGGAGGGGAGCCUGGCUGAGAAGUAAAAGGGCAGCGUCACUCAAGGGUCCUACCACUGACUGCAGCUGUGCAGGGCCUUUCUGCUAAGCUUGUGAGCCAUGAAGAGGUACUAACCAGGUACUAACCAGGCCCAAACGAGGUACUAACGAGGUAGCAAUUUGCAAAUCUGACCUUUAAUUAUUCACUUUAAUUUGAGCACUGAGAUCAAUCCCUCCCUCGGGCUGGUGCUGAGCUGUCCUCAAUAAAUACCACUCAACUGCUA